AUGACGGCGCCAAGCGACCCCAGCGUGCUGGAGGCCGAAGCGGGGCGCCUCAGCAAUUCUAUCAGCCACCUCGAGCGGUCGAUCAGGGAGAUCAAGCAGGCGAUAGCAGAGGAGGGGCCAUGCGUCGAGUACAAGGAGGCGGUGGGGGAGAACAUCGUGCUGAUCGCGAAGCAGAAGGCGGCCCUCGCGGCCAUUGAGGAGCAGAUACGCAAGGCGAAGGGCGCGGACGCGCCAAUAGAGCCGCAGGGCAUGGAGGUGGACGGGAGCGCGGAGGACCCGCAUGCGCGAGGUGACCGACAGCCGCAGCACGGCGCCGCGCCACCACAGGGCGGAGCCGGGGGCGAGGGUGCGUGGAUGUGA